AUGCUAUUUCAUCCUCCCCAUUAAGCUCCGCAAUAACUCCUCCCCACUGCCACACACACAUCUUCUUCAACCUCUUCUCCUUCCCCCCUCUCUCUCUCUAUCUCUUUCCCUCACACCCCUAUUCUUUUCACAAAUUAAUAAUCAAACCCUAUUUAUCUUCUCCUUUCUCCAUCUACCCCCUCUUCUUUUUCCUCCACCCACCAUGUUUCCAUCUUUCUUUCUUUCUCCUCCCCUUUCCCCGCCGUUAGCCGCCGCCUAACGCCGCAGUUGACUAGGUUUCCGGCGACGACCGGACCCUUUGUCCCGGCGACCAGAUCUAGGGCACCACUGUUCACAAGAACCCUUCAAACCUUAAAACGUACGUGCGGACAUACUCUCCCAUGGCGGCUUCAAAGUGGAAACAGUAGUGGUACGUGAUCACAAGUUGAAAACCUAGCUAGAAGCAAGGGAAACUGUAAAGAUGUUUCAUCCAAACAUGUUUGAUCAAGGCCAUCAAAGUUUGCUAGACAUGGGACACAACAAGCUGCAAGAGAUGAGCAGCAGUGAGCUGGACAUUCUCCGGGAGGACGAAUUCGAGAGCAAAUCGGCAACCGAUAUCAUGGAAGGACCGUCCGGAGAUGACGAUCACGAUCCCAACAAACAACCGGGCCCCACCAAAAAGAAGCCGUAUCAUCGUCACACGCAACAUCAAAUCUCCGAAAUGGAAGCGUUUUUUAAGGAGAUUCCACACCCAGAUGAUAAACAAAGGAAAGAAUUGGGACGUCGACUAGGGCUCAAGCCAUUGCAAAUUAAGUUUUGGUUCCAAAAUAAACGCACUCAAAUGAAGGCACAACAAGAACGUCACGAAAACGGAGCGUUGAGGGCGGAGAACGACAAGCUUCGGGCCGAGAACAUACGAUACAAGGAUGCCCUCAGUAACGCCACAUGUCCCAAUUGCGGGGGCCCGGCUUCCAUCGGAGAAAUGUCCUUCGAGGAGCAACAUUUGAGGAUCGAAAAUGUUCGCCUCAGAGAAGAGAUUGACAAGAUCUCGGCCAUUGCCGCAAAGUACAUUGGCAAGCCGAUGCUUUCGCCUUCCCUCGGGCCACCUCGAUCGCUCGAUCUAGUAGUGGGAAGUUUCGGGCACCAACCGGUACCCGUCCAAGGGGACUUGUACACGACGGGCGAUCUUCUGAGGUCGGUUUCGGGGCCGCCUUCGGACAUGGACAAGCCGAUGAUCAUCGAGCUAGCGGUGGCGGCAAUGGAAGAGCUGAUGAGAAUGGGUCAAGUUGGGGAACCUCUUUGGGUCCUCAGUCCCGGAGACCAUUCGAGCGAGAUCCUGAACGAGGAGGAAUAUUUGCGGUCGUUCCCGAGAGGAAUCGGACCUAAACUGCCCGGGUUUAGAUCCGAAGCUUCUCGGGAAUCCGCAGUCGUGAUCAUGAAUCACAUUAACUUGGUGGAGAUUCUCAUGGAUGUGAAUCAAUGGUGUAGUGUUUUUGCCGGCGUUGUUUCAAGAGCGUUAACCUUGGAGGUCUUGUCCACCGGAGUUGCCGGCAAUUACAACGGCGCACUUCAAACGAUGACUGCUGAGUUUCAAGUUCCUUCCCCGUUCGUCCCGACUAGAGAAAAUUAUUUUCUGAGAUACUGCAAGCAACACGGAGACGGUACGUGGGCCGUGGUUGACGUUUCUUUGGACACCCUGCGGCCUUCUUCCAUCACUCGGUGCAGAAGAAGGCCGUCUGGUUGUCUCAUCCAAGAAUUACCCAACGGUUACUCUAAGGUGACAUGGAUUGAGCAUGUUGAGGUGGACGAUCGGGCGGUCCAUAACAUUUACAAACCGCUAGUGAACUCGGGCCUCGCGUUCGGGGCUAAACAUUGGGUGUCCACUCUGGACCGGCAAUGCGAACGGCUCGCGAGCGCAAUGGCGAACAACAUUCAACCCGGUGAAGUUGGGGUGAUAACGAGCGCGGAGGGGAGGAAGAGCAUGCUGAAGCUGGCGGAGAGAAUGGUGAUGAGCUUUUGCGGCGGGGUAGGGGCCUCCACGGCGCAUACGUGGACGACCCUAUCGGGGAGCGGAACGGAUGAUGUCCGGGUCAUGACCAGAAAGAGCAUCGAUGACCCGGGCAGGCCUCCGGGCAUCGUUCUCAGCGCUGCCACCUCUUUCUGGCUCCCCGUUCCCCCAAAGAGAGUCUUCGAUUUCCUUCGCGACGAAAACUCCCGAAACCAGUGGGAUAUUCUUUCCAAUGGUGGAUUAGUUCAAGAAAUGGCUCAUAUAGCAAACGGUCGUGACCCUGGGAAUUGCGUCUCUCUCUUGCGAGUUAACAGUGCCAAUUCAAGCCAGAGCAACAUGUUGAUCCUCCAAGAGAGCUGCGUCGACCCGACCGGGUCCUACGUGAUUUACGCUCCGGUCGACAUCGUGGCCAUGAACGUCGUCCUGAGCGGCGGGGACCCCGACUACGUCGCCCUCCUUCCCUCGGGAUUCGCCAUCCUCCCCGACGGGGCGGCGAGUCCCGAGGCGGGCCCGCAUCCCGGCGGCGGCGGGUCCCUCCUCACGGUCGCGUUUCAGAUUUUGGUCGAUUCGGUCCCGACCGCGAAGCUCUCUCUCGGGUCCGUCGCCACCGUCAACAGCCUCAUUAAGUGCACCGUCGAGAGGAUCAGAGGCGCCGUGGCAUGUGACACCGCUUGAUUUGGUAAGAAAUGCAGUAGGCCAUGAUGGAGAAGUGUGAAAAGAAGAAGUCAAGAACGCACCGUACAUAAAUGUAUGCUUUGUAGUCCUUGCACUGUGGUGUUUUGUUGGGGUAAAAAAUUCGUUUAAGGGCAUUACACCACGCUGCAAGGAUUACGGUUCGGGUAUUGACUUCAAUUUGUAGUACGCCGUUAGUAAGUAAUUCGUCGUCGUGACAUUGUAAGUGUUUGAAUUAGUAAAAACACCGUUAUCUGAGACGUUAAUUGAUACUUACUCUGUCUUCUUGGAUUGUAAGAUCUUGUCAUCUUCUCCAAAACAUUCUUGACUUUUUGGAAGGUUAAAUAUAUGUAUAGGGUUUUAGGGCCUAUUUUUGUUUGUUUGUGUUUUGAAUAUGAUUAAACCUGGUUUAAUUUG